UCGGACACCAUGGCGGAUAAGUCGAAAAGUCUUGAUGUUGCUGUCGUAGGUGGAGGUUUGGUCGGGGCUCUGAUCGCUUGUUUCUUUGCAAAGAGAGGUCACAAAGUUCGAGUAUAUGAGUAUCGAACAGACAUACGAGUAGCAGAGUCAAGAGGACAAAGCAUAGAUCUGAGUCUCUCACAUCGAGGCCGAGCAGCUCUAAGAGAAGUUGGGCUUGAAGAUUUGAUUAUAAAUCAUCAUGCUAUGCCCAUGCGGGGUAGAAUGAUACACAUGAAAAAUGGAACCCUUAGAGAGAUGAUAUACGAUCGUGUUAACAAGAAUUGUAUUUAUUCCGUCAGCAGAUUGCAUUUAAACAAGGUUUUGUUAGAUGCUGCUGAAAAAUAUCCAAGCGUGCGUUUAUAUUUCAAUGAGAAACUUAUGGAAGCUGAUCUAGAAAAUGGAACGAUGAAGUUCCUCAACACAAGUAGUCAACAAAUCGUGGAUACAAAAGCUGACUUAAUAAUUGGUGCAGACGGUGCAUAUUCUACAGUGCGAAAAAUAAUGGCAAAAAGACCUCGUUACGACUGUGGACAAACCUAUAUUGAUCAUGGAUAUGUUGAAUUAUUUGUUCCGCCCAAAAAUAAAAACGAAUUUGUGAUGAGCCAUGAUCACUUGCACGUUUGGCCCCGAGGAGAGUUUAUGAUGAUUGCGCUGCCCAAUAGUGAUCACACCUUCACUGGAAAUUUAUUCGCACCAUUCAGAACAUUGGAUUAUCUGAACACACCGGAACGUCUUUUGAAAUUCUAUCGAGAACAAUUUCCAGAUGUCUUGCCGCUGAUAGGCGAGAAAAAGCUGGUGGAUGAUUUCUUUGAAACGGGUCCAAAGACUCUCAUCUCAAUUAAGUGUAAACCCUACCACGUUGGAAAAACUGCUCUUAUAAUUGGAGAUGCUGCCCACGCAAUGGUUCCAUUUUACGCGCAAGGAAUGAACACUGGUUUUGAAGACGUCCUCCUCCUGGAUGAGCUGAUGCAACGUUACGACUCGGACCUCUCAAAAGUACUUCCCAAAUUUUCAGAACUUCGCUGUGAUGAUGCUCACGCUAUUUGUGAUUUGGCCAUGUACAAUUACGUUGAGAUGAGAGAAUUAGUCGUUAGAAAGUCUUUUGUAUUAAGAAAAAAUUUGGAUACUCUAUUGUACUGGUUAUUCCCAAACCUUUGGAUGCCUCUCUACGACACGGUACACUUUUCUCGAAUGGGAUUUAGAAUGUGCAUGAAGAACAAAGCUUGGCAAGAUAAGAUAAUACAAAGAACUUUUUGGUCUGUAGCUACGAUGAUAAUUGCUAUUGUGGUAGCAUUAAUGAUCCACGGAUUUUUGUAACUAAGGAAAAAAUACUACUUACAGUUAAUUCCAAACUGAA